AUGGAGCUCUUAGUGGAGACGGUCAAUAAACUGAAGGAGGAACUAACACAACUGAGAGCCGAAUUUGAUACAUUAUUGCCGAUAGUAGAGGGUCUACACGAGCAAAUACUUGCAGGCCGCGAACAGGGUAGAGAAGAAGAAAGCGAAGAUGAUAUUGAAGAUGUCUUCGUAGACGAAGGUGCUAUAGCGAAGGAGUUGUAUGAGCCAUCGCGGUUUGAAAUGUGCCAGUUCAUACUUGAUCUACAAAAGGUGGAGUACAAAGAUAAUCCAGACGAGAUGGGAAUCGUUGUAGACAAACGUAUAAUACAAGCAAAGGUCAAUUCUAUGAAAGAGAACUUUUUGGAAUUUUUUGACGUAUCCGAAAGUCUUCGCGAGCUAUUAUGGAAGGAUAUGAAAGAAGUCUUGAAUGAGUACGCACACGAGAGAAAGAAAUGGACGGAACGAGAGCAAAGGGCAACAGAGGCUGCGAACAACAGCUCAGCCGCUCUUCCUAAGUGA